CAAACAUAAGUGCUGAUUUUCGCGGCAAUUCACUUGUGGAUUUAUGUGCAAACAUUUUAAGAAUAAAGAUUAGAAACACAAAGCCCAAUGUAAGGGAGGGCAGGAACAUACUGCGAAAAUGGCUCCAUUGAAGUCUUUAGAGCAAGACCACCGAGAUAUCGAUUCCCAUUUCCAAUCAUUUUGUGCUUUAUUCGGUAUUUUCUCAGUAGAAGAUUUCCUACUCAACGACCACUAUGUAUUAGCUGCAAUGGCCGAACGACAACCCGAAUCCGAGAGAUUGAAGCAGGGCAUUACGGAGCUUCUUUCUAUUAUUGAUGGCCAACAUAAGCCAUUGUUGAAUGGUAUGGAGCUUUUGGCUGACGCUCUCCAUAAUAAACGUGUAUUAUCAACUGGGUGUGAUGGGAUUGACUUAUUGCUUGGAGGUGGAUUACGCGAGGGGCAGUUAACUGAACUUGUUGGUCCAUCGUCUUCUGGCAAAACCCAAGUUUGUCUACAAGCUGCCUCAAAUGUCGCAAAAAAGCACAUGGGAAGUGUUCUUUACUUAGAUACAAGCAAUUCUUUCUCACCUCAACGUAUUGCCUGCUUUCUUGAUUUGGCUAAAGGCCGUUUUCUUCAGAAUGUUAUGAACAGUAUCUUGUGCCAGUCAGUGUAUGAUAUCUUCACAAUGUUUGGAGUUUUACAUCAGCUUGAAUCCAGUAUGAGGUCUCAGAGAGGACCACAAAUGGUGCGGUUGAUUAUUAUUGAUUCAAUUUCUUCACUUAUUACCCCAAUUCUUGGAGGCAGUGGUUCACAUGUAAUUGCUGGGCAUGCUUUGAUGGUAUCUGCCGGAUAUCUUCUAAAGAAGUUGGCAUAUGAGUACAAUCUUGCAGUGUUGGUGACCAAUCACACAGUAGGUGGGGAGGGAGGUGUUCCUAAACCAGCUCUUGGGGAGACUUGGAAGAGUAUCUCACAUGUGAGGCUUCUUCUUUCCCAUGAUCGGGAAAACAAUACCUCCAGUGUUUCCAUAAUAAAACACCCAUCCUUGGCUUCUGGAAUGGCUUCAAGUUUUGUAAUUUGUGGCUGAUAACAAGGCUGAAUUGAUUUUUGUGUGAACGUUACAGAUGAGUCAGAGAUAAUAUUCUAGUCCAAAGAAGUACUCUGCCAUGGGCACUGUCAGCACUUGGAGGCCCAAAAUAAAACAACAGAUGACGCUGCUUAGAAAACAUCAAUCCAAGGAUUUUUCGUAUGAUCAUAUCCAAAGCAUUUUUAUUCAGAAGAAACCAGUCAAUAUGGUAAGAUCGCAUAUAUUUCCCUGAAAAAAUACUGUUUUUACUGGCUUUUGACUGGUACACUGAGCACACAAGCAAAUUAGAUUGAUUUGCACUGUUCAGAAGGAUCGGGAAACAAUUAAGUGAAGGUUGUAUUUUUAAAAGCUUUUUUGCUGUAUAAAUCUCCCAACUUAAAAUGUGGAGAAACUCUGUCUAAUAUAGGAGUAGGUAAUUUGUUUAUCAAAUAAACAGUUGUGGAGAAUGCCUCUCACCAAAAUGCGUAUGUGUCUAUGUUAGACCAAGCUCUACUAUAUGUCUAUGUUUAUGCUCAGAUUUUCCAUUUUGUUGAUGUAUAUGAGGACAAGGGUGUCUAGAUUAUAUUC